UCACCUGGACCAUUAUUCUUCUCGUCGCCCAGACAUGGCAGAUUGCAAGACAGAUGACCACCCUUGAAGUGUCAAAUCUCGGCCGGUAUGGCUGGAUGGGAGGUAAAGGCGGUGUGAGCAGAUCUUGAUCGCGUCUGUCUCCAUUUUCCACUCAAGCUUGACCUGACUUUUUCGCUUCGACGUGCGUAUCAACAGAGCUCAAUGACUUCUCAGACCAGUUUCAUGGAAGCGAGGGCCGCAAGACUUGCAGCACAAGGCAUCUCGACCGACCAAUCCGACGCUACCGCAGACGAUGACUUUGACGGCACAAGGCCUGGUUCGAUAGGUCCCGGAAGCCCCAACAUUGGUGCAAGACAUGGACAUUCUCACGGUCCUGUAGCUGCCUUGAAGGGCGCCGGCAACUGGCUGCUGUCGAUCGUAGGCCUGGACCUCUAUACUCGGGGCAAAGCUGGAGAGGGAUUGAAGAAAGCGUCCGCAGCUGGAAACCCUUUUGAUUUGGGACUGGUCGGAAAUUGUCGAGACUUUUGGACCACCGGCAGGGAACUCGGAGUCGAUUACGCAACUCUGUACGAGAUUCCGGUGGGUGGCUUCCAAUCUUCCGCAAGGCGGCGGAGAAGGCGAAGAGUGCGCACAAUAGACGGACAAGAAACCGAAUCAGGCUCAGACGAUGAGGAAGACGAGGCUUCCGAAGGCGGUGCGUUGGGCAGAAGCGUCAGUGCAGGCAGGAGGAGAUGGAACAUGUGGAGAAAUCUGAACCUCAAUUUGGGCAGCGCUGCGGGGAUCGGAGCCUCUGGCAGUGCGAGUGGAUAUCAGCCUAUACAGCAAGACAAUCUCUCCGAUAGACCCGCAGACCAUGAUGCUGCGAGCAGGAUGGCUUAAAGCGGCGGAGCAAAGUCAUUCGAAAUAGCAUCUGAAUAUUCACGAUCAAGCGUCUGGCGUGACACGUCCACAAACC